AUGACGCAGUCAAAGGUUGUCAUCUAUGUGUUGCGUAGGGACCUUCGCUUGUCUGACAACCCCAUCUUCCACCACCUCGCCAACCCAGACUCCAACCACGGCUUUUCGCACCUCAUUCCCGUCUACGUCUUUCCUGCGCCGCAGAUUGACCUCUCCGGCUUUCUUCCAGAGGGAGGCGAGAUCCCACGUCCUGCUCCCAAAAGCGCUGUUGGAGGGUACGCAAGAUGCGGCCCAUACCGUGCCAAGUUCCUGGCUGAGUCAGUUUGGGACCUCAAGACAAGCCUUCAGUCAAAUGGCAGUGACCUUCUCGUCCGCGUUGGAACAUACACGGGUGCUGUAAAGUCGCUAGUUGAUGGGCUCAAGGCGAAGGAAUGCCCAGUCGGAGCCGUGUGGAUGACAAGCCACGAAGGAUCAGAAGAGAAGAAUGACGAAAAGGCAGUGGCAUCUUUUUGCGCAAAUAGUGGCAUCGACUUCAAGUUAUGGGAUGAUGAGAAAUACUUUAUCCACGAGCAAGUCCUCCAAAACCUCCCCCCGUAG